AUGUCGGAUAGCAUUUCCAUAGGGGCCAUCAUUUUCAUAGCUGUAAAGCCUAUUGUGAAGAUUUAUUUGAUUGUUUUCCUUGGUUGGUUAUUAGUGAAGAAUAAUAUCUUGACUAUGGAAACUAGUCGAGGUAUUUCAAAUAUGGUUGUUAAUGCUUUACUUCCCUGUUUAAGUUUCAAUAAAAUUGUUACAAAUUUAUCCGGAAGUCAAAUCAAAGAAAUUGGGGUUGUUGUAUUAAGUGCAAUUGUUAUAUUUGGAACUGGUGGCGCAUUAGCUGCUUUGGCAAGUUUUAUAACUCCAGUUCCUAAAAAAUGGGUUUGGGGUUUAAUAUUUGGUGGUAUAUUUGCAAAUAUUUCAGACUUACCAAUCGCUUAUAUCCAAAGUAUGGGUACUGGUAUAGUAUUUGAUUCAAAAGAUGCUGAUAAAGGUGUGGCAUUAAGCUGUGUAUUUUUAGCAUGUCAACAAUUUUUAAUGAUGAAUAUGGGAAUGUUUCAAAUUGUUGGUUUAGAUUUUAGAGAACCUGAAAAAAAGAAAGAUGAAGAGAAUAACGUGGGAAAUGGUGAUGUUGAUCAAUUAAGUAAAAAUGAAACUCCUACUGAAAAAGAUGAAGAUUUUAAAGUUAGACCAUUGGUUCAUAAAAACACCGAUGAAGAGGAAGAGGAUAAUGAUAGUGACGCUAUUUCAGAAAGAUCAUAUGCUACAAAUAGAAGUGGUAGAAGUAAUAUAAGGAGUACUCAAAAUAUUAGUAGGAGAAGAAGAAGUUCUGCAGUAUCAGGGUAUUCAAUUGAUAGAAUUCGCUCAAAUGAAUCAGGGUAUUCUUCAAGAAGUAAGAGAAAACCACAAAAUAUGAAGUCAUUAAUUGAUGAAUAUAGUGAAGCUGAUAGAAUUAGAUCUCAACAUCUUGAUCUUGCUAAAACUGUAUCUAAAACUCAAGAAAUUGGAUUAAAUUUAGAUAUUGAAGACGAUGAAUCAGAAAGAACACCAACAAGGUAUCGUCAAUUCAUUGAAAAGUAUAACUUAUAUUGGUUUGACUACAUGAUUGUCAAUUUAGGAAGACCCGCCUCUGUGGUUUUAAUUAUUUCAAUUACUGUGACUAUGAUUCCAUGGUUAAGAGCCUUAUUUGUUAAUAAUAGUAUUGAGAUCCAUAGUGCACCUGAUAAAUUACCACCAUUAAAUUUCAUUAUGGAUUUCACCUCAUAUAUCGGAGUUGCUUCAAUACCCAUGGGGCUAUUAUUAUUAGGUGGUACAAUUGCAAGAUUAGAAAUCCAUGAAAUCCCAAAAGGUUUUUGGAAAACUUCAUUAUUUUUAACUUUAGCAAGGCUUGUUAUAAUGCCAAUAUUGGGAGUACUUUGGACAAAUCGACUUUAUUCUGCUGGUUGGAUUGAAGAUGAUGUUUCAAGAUUUAUAUUGAUUAUAAGUUGGGCAGUUCCAAGCGCUACUGCACAAGUUUAUUUUACUGCCUUUUAUACACCAUUAGAAGGAGAUCAUAUUCAAAUGGAUUGUUUGGCCAUUUUCUUAAUGAUGCAAUAUCCAAUUUUGGCUAUAACUUUAGCCAUAACUGUUUGUUAUGCUUUGAAAGUUAAUCUGGGGUAUUGA